AUGGCAGGCUGCUUGGAUGAAGAUGUUGCUCGUAUAUACAUUGCAGAAUGGAUCGUCCAUAUAUUAUGGCGAAAUAUACUUGUCGUAUUGAGGCUGAUAAGUCACUGUACCCCGGUAUUGUUGUCCAACGGAAACCUUAUUGAGCAAGGAGACCUAGAGGGUGGGAAGCAUUUUGUGCUUUGGGAGGACCCGUUCAAGAAACAAUGCUAUCUACCUGUUCAAGAAACAAUGCUAUCUAUUCGCGUCGAUGGCCAUAUUCGGCUUACGGAAGUAAACAAUACAGGCCCAAUCAACCUUGGAAAUCCAGGUCAACAUUAUGAUGAAUUUACCAUGCUUGAAGUUGCAGAGAAUGUGAAAGAGCUGAUAAACCCGAAAGUGAAAAUAAUACAUGUGGAAAACACGCAUGAUGAUCCUCGACAAAUAAAGCCAUUGAUAACCAAGCCAAAGGAGGUGCUUGGUUGGGAACCAACAUUCAAAUUACGUUAUGGACUUCCCCCAAUGGACGAGGACUUCCACAAGAGGCUUGGACUACCAAGGACUGCAUGA